AUGUUACACUACACAAAGAAAUGUAACUAUCUUCAAUAUCUUGAGCCCGCCCCAUUCUCCCGCUUUCCAUCACCCCUCCCCUUUCUCCCACUUUCCAUCUCCCCGCCCCAUUCUCCCGCUUUCCAUCACCCCGCCCCAUUCUCCCGCUUUCCAUCACCCCGCCCCAUUCUUCCACUUCCCAUCAUCCCGCUCCAUUCCCCCGCUUUCCAUCACCCCUCCCCAUUCUCCCUCCUUCCAUCACCCCGCCCCAUUCUCUCGCUUUCCAUCACCCCGCCCCAUUCUCCCGCUUUCCAUCACCCCGCCCCAUUCUCCCGCUUUCCAUCACCCCAGCCCAUUCUUCCUCCUUUCAUCACCCCGCCCCAUUCUCCCGCUUCCCAUAACCCCACCCUAUUCUCCCGCUUUCCAUCACCCCGCCACAUUCUCCCACUUUCCAUCACCCCGCCCCCUUCUCUCUCCUUCCAUCACCCCGCCCCAUUCUCCCUCCUUCCAUCACCCCGCCCCAUUCUCCCGCUUUCCAUCAGCCCGCCCCAUUCUCCCGCUUUCCAUCACCCCUCCCCUUUCUCCCACUUUCCAUCUCCCCGCCCCAUUCUCCCGCUUUCCAUCACCCCGCCCCAUUCUUCCGCUUUCCAUCUCCCCGCCCCAUUCUUCCGCUUCCCAUCAUCCCGCCCCAUUCCCCCGCUUUCCAUCACCCCUCCCCAUUCUCCCUCCUUCCAUCACCCCGCCCCAUUCUCUCUCUUUCCAUCACCCCGCCCCAUUCUCCCGCUUUCCAUCACCCCGCCCCAUUCUCCCGCUUUCCAUCACCCCAGCCCAUUCUUCCUCCUUCCAUCACCCCGCCCCAUUCCCCCGCUUUCCAUCACCCCGCCCCAUUCUCCCUCCUUCCAUCACCCCGCCCCAUUCUCCCUCAUUCCAUCACCCCGCCCCAUUCUCCCGCUUUCCAUAACCCCGCCCCAUUCUUCCGCUUCCCAUCAUCCCGCCCCUUUUCCCCGCUUUCCAUCACCCCUCCCCUUUCUCCCUCCUUCCAUCACCCUGCCCCAUUCUCCCGCUUUCCAUCACCCGCCCCAUUCUCCCGCUUUCCAUUACCCCGCCUCAAUCUUCUGCUUUCCAUCACCCCGCCCCAUUCUCCCGCUUUCCAUCACCCCGCCCUAUUCUCCCUCUUUCCAUCACCCCGCCCCAUUCUCCCACCUUCCAUCACCCCGCCCCAUUCUACCGCUUUCCAUCACCCCGCCACAUUCUUCCACUUUCCAUCACCCCGCCCCAUUCUCCCUCCUUCCAUCACCCCGCCCCAUUCUCCCGCAUUCCAUCACCCCGCCCCAUUCUCCCGCAUUCCAUCACCCCGUCCCAUUCUCCCGCUUUCCAUCACCCUGCCCCAUUCUCCCGCUUUCCAUCACCCCACCCCAUUCUUCCGCAUUCCAUCACCCCGCCCCAUUCUCCCGCUUUCCAUCACCUCGCCCCAUUCUCCCGCUUUCCAUCACCCCGCCCCAUUCUCCCGGUUUCCAUCACCCCGCCCCCUUCUCCCUCCUUCCAUCACCCCGCCCCAUUCUCCCUCCUUCCAUCACCCCGCCCCUUUCUCCCGCUUUCCAUCAGCCCGCCCCAUUCUCCCGCUUUCCAUCACCCCGCCCCAUUCUCCCGCGUUCCAUCUCCCCGCCCCGUUCUCCCGCUUUCCAUAACCCCGCCCCAUUAUCCCGCUUUCCAUCACCCCGCCCCAUUCUCCCGCUUCCCAUCAUCCCGCCCCAUUCCGCUCCUUUCCGUCACCCCUCCCCAUUCUCCAUCCUUCCAUCACCCAGCCCCAUUCUCCCGCUCUCCAUCACCCCGCCCCAUUCUCCCGCUUUCCAUCACCUCGCCCCAUUCUCACGCUUUCCAUCACCCCGCCCCAUUCACCCGCUUUCCAUCACCCCGCCCCAUUCUCCCGCUCUCCAUCACCCCGCCCCAUUCUCCCGCUUUCCAUCACCUCGCCCCAUUCUCACGCUCUCCAUCACCCCGCCCCAUUCACCCGCUUUCCAUCACCCCGCCCCAUUCUCCCGCUUUCCAUUACCCCACCCCACUCCCGCUUUCCAUCACCCCGCCCCAUUCUCCCGCUUUCCAUCACCCCGCCCCAUUCUCCCUCCUUCCUCACCCCGCCUCAUUCUCCCUCCUUCCAUCACCCCGCCCCAUUCUACCGCUUUCCAUCACCUCGCCCCAUUCUCCCGCUUCCCAUCACCCCGCCCCAUUCUCCCGCUUUCCAUCAACCCGCCCCAUUCUCCCGCAUUCCAUCACCCCGCCCCAUUCUCCCGCUUUCCAUAA